CCGUAAUUCGCCAUCCAAAACACAACGCAAGCGGUUCUGUAUAUUAAGUACCCAGACGUUAAUAGCGAUCAAGUAGUUCCACACAAGGAUUUACAAUCGCCACAUGGUUGAGUGAAACAGUUGGUGGAAUUUCUAAUUAGACUUUUCGUUUGUGAAUCUUAGAAGAAUACAAGACAGUGCAAAAUGGGUUCAUCACACUCAGCCUUAAAUUUCGGAGCCGGUCCUGCUAAGCUACCUAGAGAGGUUCUCACAGAAGUCCAGAAUGAAUUCUUAUCGUACAAGGAUUCGGGAAUGAGCUUAAUCGAGAUGAGUCACAGGUCAAAGGAGUACGAAGCUAUUAACAAUAGCGCUCAACAACUAGUUAGGGAAUUAUUAAAUGUGCCACCAAACUACAAAAUCCUCUUCAUGCAAGGAGGUGGUCUAGGAUGCUUCUCAGCAAUCUGCAUGAAUCUGAUGGGAAGAACUGGGGAAGCAGAUUAUUUGGUCACAGGUACCUGGUCAAGUAUAGCAGCAAAAGAGGCAGCCAAGUAUGGAAAGGUCAACAUGGUCUUCCCAAGACCAGAAACGCGCAGUAUUCCACACCCACGUACUUGGAAGCUCAGUGAAAAUGCUUCUUUUGUUUUCUACUGUGAUAACGAAACUGUCGAUGGUAAGCUUUCAAUAUAUCUGUAAAAAUAUUUGAAUAAGCUCACUGGUUCACUUACAGUUCUUGAUAGAUGUAUAGUGAAUCCACUUGACGACGUUAUUUGAAUUAUCUUUCGUUGUUCUAGGUGUCGAAUUUAACUACGUGCCAGAGACCAGAGGAGUUCCUCUUGUAGCAGAUAUGUCUUCUAACAUAAUGACCAAGAAGGUCGACGUUUCGAAGGUUGGUAUUUUUAUAAAAAUUUGUAGCGUUUUUCUGGGUUCUUUUUUGUGUGGAUCAAAACACUGCAUUCCACAAAAAAACACUAUUUAUGUCUGACUAAUUCUUAUGUCGCCAUUGACUGCACUAUGCUCCACUCCGCUCUGCUCUAGUGUAAUCUGUACUCUUCGUUCGCGUAAAAGCAGAGAUCGGCCAUUAAUCUCUGUCUCUUGUCACAAAUGUUUAAAAUAUCGUAUACAAAGUUAUACCUCACAUCAAAUCCUCAAAGAAUUGUGAUCAAAUAUAUCUUCUUUUUAAUACAGCCCUUUGCAGCAUACUGUUUCAACUUUCGAUCAUUUUUUCUGAUCCCCGUUAUUUAUAAAUUAAUCGUGAACUCAGUACUAGCAAUGUCCUCUUCCUUUCAGUAUGGUAUUAUAUUUGCUGGAGCCCAAAAGAACAUUGGUCCUUCAGGUGUCGUAUUAGUGAUAGUCCGAGAAGAUUUACUAGGAAAUGCAUCGAAGUAUUGCCCUACAGUAUUCGAUUUCGCACACAUCAGUAAGAACAACUCAGUUCAUCACACACCUACCACAUUCUCAGUCUACGUAAUGGAGAAAGUCCUCCAAUGGAUCAAGCGUUGCGGAGGUGUAGAUAAGAUGGCGCAAAACUCUCACGAUAAGAGCACGACCCUCUAUAACGCCAUCACCAACUCGAACAACUUCUAUGUCUGCCCCAUCGAAGAAAGUUGCAGAAGCAGGAUCAACAUUCCCUUCAGGGUGGGAGGUGCGAACGGAGAUGACGCUCUCGAAUCCAAAUUCCUGGAGGAAGCCGAGAAACUCAGAAUGUACCAGCUGAAGGGCCACAGAAGCGUUGGAGGAAUCAGGGCGAGUCUGUACAACGCGACUUCAGUGGAGGACGUAAAACUCCUUGUCCAGUUCAUGGAAGAGUUCCGGAAACAACAUGGACCUAAGUAGACUGUGAAGGUUGUGGAUUGUUGACGUUUGAGAUGUUGUUUCUGUAUUACGGUUUUCUAUUUAUUUUUUGUGUAAGUUUUGUAAAUAAUAUAUUUUUUUAAGGAGUAUGAA